UAGGGAGCCAAUACGCGGCAUUUGGCUGAAGUGGAAAUUUGCUGUAGAAUCUGGAAAUUCGUCGUGUUUGGGGCCACUGUCCGCGGUGCACGUACUCAUUGGCUGCUAUUCUCAAUUCGAAAUGGCCGACUCCAAGAUUCCUCUGUUUUCAUACUCUUCCCUGGUGCAUGCAAUUGCGGGCGCGGCGGGAAGCUCAGUGGCGAUGUCCUUGACUUACCCCUUGGACACUGUGAGGACACGACUUCAGUUGGAGGAGGGCCGGCGCGCGGCACCCACGGCGGUGCUGCUGGUCCAGCUGGCGCGCCAGGAGGGCAUCACCAGCCUGUACCGCGGCAUCGUCCCUGUCAUCCAGUCGCUCUUCUCCUCCAACUUUGUCUACUUUUACACCUUCCAUGGCCUGAAGCGGCUGGUGGUGGGCGAACAGAGCGCGCCCAAGGACUUGCUCAUGGCCAUGACAGCAGGCUGUGUCAAUGUGCUGCUCACCAAUCCGCUGUGGGUGGCCAACACGCGCAUGAAGAUGGAGGGCGUGGCGGAGCUGAGCGAGCGGGUCCGCGGGCAGGCGCGGCCGCCCGCCAGCAGGCGCUACCGUAGUCUGGCCGACGGCGUGCGUCGCAUCGCCACUGAGGAGGGCACCGGCGCCCUCUACAACGGCCUGACGCCCUCGCUCAUGCUCACCUCCAACCCGGCCGUUCAGUUCGUGGCUUACGAGGCCGCCAAACGCUAUCUGGAGCGUCUGAAGCCGGGCGUGCCGCUCAGCGCCACCACAGUGUUCGUGGUGGGCGCCGCCUGCAAGGCGCUGGCCACCAUCAUCACCUACCCCCUGCAGAUGGUGCAGGCCAAACUGCGGGUGGGCGGUCUGGUCCUCGAGGACGGCACCAGGGAGUUGCGCGUCCUGCGCAUCCUGCUGCUCCUCUACAGGCACGGCGGCCUGGCCGGCGUCUUCAAGGGCCUGGAGGCUAAGAUGCUGCAGACAGUGCUGACGGCGGCGCUCAUGUUCGUGCUCUACGAGAAGAUCGCCCGCUUUGUCUUCUUCCUGCUGCUGGGUCGGCGGGGGUAGACGACAUUAGUGCUGGACGGCUGUGCUGCCGUUCUGCCGGGGCGGCGCCGGCGGUCGACUCGAGACUUGGCCGCCGCGGGUAUUGCCUGUCCAGGCCGACACCCCGGCCAGCACCGCACACCCGCGCAACAGUCGGCACAGUGCAGGGCAUUGUCAGCGAUUGGCGGCGCCGGGUUGUCAGUACCUCGGGCUUACAGACGUCAUAUACUACGCCUAGUUUUCAGUUGGUUGUCAUGUACCAGGGAUGCAUAAUUGCAUGUUCGUCACUAGUAUUAUUUCGUAAAACGUGACAUGGGGCGCUGAUGCAGGCAAACAAAUUUGGCGAUUAGCUUCUCGGCGAGUGAGCCAGGGUUGACAUGACGUGACAUAGCUCCUUCCAGAAUUAAUUAGUUAGGAGCAUGCAGGCACGUUUCGAGAGUGACUUGGCAUUUGCAUUGUCAUUGCCUUCUGUUUCGAGUACGUCCUAGAUCAGUUGUGAGUCAAUUUGAGUGACCUUUUAGCCUGUACAGUCCUGGGAUUUACACGGAUUGUGGGUGUGGGCGCUCAUAUUUCUCCCAAUUUGAGAUAUAUUUAGUAAGAAGUCCAAAAAUAUAUGCGUAUAAGUCAUUCCUCAGAACGUACUGUACAAGUCAGUUUGCUUAUGUGACCCAUUAUUCUUGGCUGCUCGUUGCUGCUGUCGCAAUGUUCGCUUCUUCAAAUUUUUGGGAACAGCGCCGCGCUGUCCGUAUUACGCGUACCUCGCAGUUUUACCUCUCCAGACCGCGCAUCACCAGGGAAAUACGCGGAGGCUUGGCUCGUCCAAUCCGAUGCGUGCUAAUAUUCCGUGCAAUAUGCAGCUGACCAAUCAGUCGACCGUGGCCGGUGGCCGGUAUCUGUCUGUCGACAGCGAGCCGUGGCUGUGACCAUUGGAGGUGCGACUCUGUGCGUGCCUCUGCGACGGUACGAGAUUUUCAUGUGUUCAUGUGUUCCCUCGCACAUCCGUAUGUUUCGGACGGGCUUGGAGCGCGACGAGUGGAGCGGCGUAAUUGAGCGCUGGUUCGUAUCACCGUGUGAGAGCGUGGAAUACACUAGCAGGAAUGGAGGGUUCUGUUAAUGUUCGUAUGAUUUA